CUGGAGUUGGUCCCCGUGUGCUGGACUGUGGCUCCCCACUGCUCCUAGCGGCUGGAUUGUGUCUAACUGAGAUUAGGGUCAGUUAAAUGCAGAGGACAAAUUUCACUGUAUGUAUGUUCAGUGAUAAUAAAGUUGCUUCUACCUUAUCAUCAGAUACAGUCUAUGAUCAUCACAUGUAGCAAAAAGCUGAAGUGAGGCGGUGCUGAUGAUCCCACCUGCCAUAACUGUUUCUGUAAAUGUGCUGUCGUUUAUGGCUGCAGCUGUGAAAACGUUUUGCCCUCACAUCCACUGUCAAGGAUUUAACUGUAAAACUCACACUCUGUGGUUUUAUUGAUCUUUGUUUUUUGUUAUUAUGGGGUUAAAUUAAUCCUCAGUUACUAUGUCAAAACCAGUCUGUACUUUACCUGGUUUUGUCCAACACUGCUGGUGUCUGUAGGUGAAGUUGACCUGGAGCUGCUUUCUGCGAUCCAUCGGAAGUACCCACAGCUGACACUGGACAACGAGGUGGUGGAGCCGAGCAGCCAGCAACUACAUAACUUUGGUGUCACAGAGACCAGGUUUGGAUCACAUUAAAUUUACCUGGAACAUGAUGACUGCUUCUGAGUUUGAGGAGAGCUGGAAAGAGAAGAAGAUGACCAAGAAGGCAGACUUCAUCCAUAUGAUCCAGAUGCUGUACUAUCUGAAAGACCCAGAAUCAACGAUCACCUUCUACCAGAGUCUUCUUAAAAAUAACAGCAAGCUCCUUCUCAUUCUUUUAUCGAGUGAGAGUGGUUAUGGAAAGUUUGGGAAGACCUACAAGGACCAGCUGCCUAACAGUGGGACCAGUUGGUGGGUGACCACAGGAGACAUCAAAAGGUUCUUGGACUCCAAGGGAGUGACCUACCAAAGCUAUGACCUGCCGUCUCAAGCGGACAUCACUGAGUGUUUCUCUGAGGGGUCUGAGAAAGGAGAGCUGCUGCUCGAUUUUGUAACUGGAGUUCUGGACUUCAGUAAGACAGCCUCACCUGAGCUCAAAUCCAGUGUCUUAGCCUUUCUGCGGCACCCAGACUGCAGCACGGAGUCUGAAGGCAGAAUUUUCUUCAACAACAGCAAGGGAGCGCUCAUCACUGACCCCCCCCCCCCCAUGGACUGAAGCAUUUGCAAAUUGAGUGAAAUUUCAUAUUUUAAGUAGAGGGAUAAUAGAUGGAGUGUUUUGAUUUUAAACACACUGAUUGUCGAGAAAAGUGUGAAUAAUAUUUAGAGUAUGCAGAGUAUAAAUUUCAUUGUAUGUAUAUACAUGUACAAUGACAAUAAAGGCUAUAAUAUACAUAUGUCGCGAACAUGAACGAGCAAAGCUUGUCAGCAUCUCACCAUGUC